AUGGGUGCCCGCCGCCGCCGCGUGUCCACCGGCUCCUCGCUGUGCGCGGGUUCCAACAACCAAGUGCAGCUGUGGCUGGUGGGCCAGCACAGGGAGGCGGCGCUCAAGACCGGCGCCGCGGGAACAGGAGACGGCGGGGACAGGUGGGGGACCUGCGGGCCCUCCCCGGGGGAUGCGGGCGCCGGGGAGGAAGCCCGAGAUGCGAAGCCCGCGUUUCCCAGCCUUUUCCCUGCUCUCGCCGCAUCCACCUGCCACUCGCCCGGCUCCGACCCGCCGGGCCUCACCGCCUGCCCCUCUUCCCAGCCCUCCCCGCGGCGCCCCCCCUCCUCCCGCUUCCCUUCCGCCGCCUCUAACCGGGAGUGCGCGCGCUCAGUUCUGUUUCCCGGACCUCUCGGGCCCCGAGCCCCGCCCCCGCCCACCGGGGCCGCCUUGAACCCGAGUCGCCUGCGCGCCCUCCACCGCCCCGCCCCGGCCGCCCUUCCACCACCAGAGCGGUUCUCCAAACGUUCCCACUUCAAAGGUGCCCCCGCGCAGAACACGGGAGUGGCUUCCGUGUGUCCUCGGGACCAGCCCAACGCCCGUGGCUUACCCUCGAGGCUGCACGGUGUGGUCGUGCCCCUCUCCCCACAGCCCUGCCCUGAGCCCCAGCUCCACGACGCGGCUCGGCUCGCUUCGGCCCCGUCUCCCGUCGGCACGUCGUGCUUCGGAAGGCCUGCCAGGGCCGGGGACUGCCCGCUGCAUCCUGGGGGCGCUGGCGAGGGCGCCCCUGCCGUUCUGCUCCGCGGUCCCGCGCCCGGGGGCCCUCCCUCGGGGCGCAGCGCGUGGCGCGGUGACUCCAGGGAGGAAGAAGAAGUGGAGUUUCAGGCGGACGUGCAGGGCCCCGGGGCCAGUGGGGACGAGUUCAGGUUCCCGUGCUACCGCUGGGUGGAGGGCGCUGGCAUCCUGGGACUGCCCGAGGGCACCGGCCGCACGGUGCUGGACGACCCUCAGGGCCUGUUCAGGCAGCGCCGGGAACACGAGCUGGAGGAGCGGAGGAAGCUGUACCGUGGUCCCAGGUCACUGACUGUCGUCGAGAAGCGCACCAUCGUGGAGUCACGGGGUUUGUCCGAGGCAGCGCCCCAGCGGGAGGUCACGGGGAUGGAUGAGAGUGAGGUCGCCCUUGAUCUAUCCCUGCUCCCCACCCCGCAGGUUGGAUCUCUGUCUGAAGCCGACUUCCCCCUGCUGGGUGGGGUCAAGCCGAACGUCGUCUUAAGACAACAGGGUGUGGCGGCCCCUCUGAUCAUGCUGACGCUCCAGCCCGCGAGACUCUUGCCCACCGUCGCCCAGCGAGUCUUUCACAGACACGGAUCUCCCCCGCCCCCACUGUUCCUGCCCUCCGGUCCCCGCGUGGCCUGGCUGCUGGCCAAGACCUGGGUCCGCGGCUCCCAUUUCCAGCUGUCCCAGCUACAGUCACGCCUGCCGCGGGGACCCUUGAUGGCCGAGGUGACCUCUGUGGCCACAGUGAGGACCCUGCCCGGAAGCAUCUCUGUGGAGUCUGAGCUCGUGCUCCUGGUCCCCUUGCGCCACACCACGGACAUCAACAGCCUGGCCCGGGAGAGUCUUGUCUCCACACGGGGCGUUUCUGGUCUGGUAUGGAGAGCCACGGGCCAAGAGGCGAGUCCCAAGGGUCGCUGGCUGACCCUGUCCUCCACGAAGGCCUCUCCCUGGUCGGCCUCGCACCUCAUACACGCCAUGCGGGAGCCGUGGACUCCAGGGGCCGUGAGCACAGACGGCUCUUCUCUGUGUCUCCAGGUACCUUUCACCGAGGUCUCUCGUGUCCCGCGCUCGAGGCCUCACUUGUCUUUCGUGUCACCCAGGCUCCCUGUCUCCUUAGACUCCUGGGCUCAGCUCUGCCGCUUUGUCACCGUGUGUGUCUUCACGUGCACCGGUCAGCAUGCUUCUGCCCACCUGGGCCAGGUAACCCGCUGUGGCCAGACCCCAGGGGCUCCUGGGCCGUAGAAGACGGGGAAGCGAACGCGUGGCUCGCCAGCCUGGGUUCCUGAGCGGCUCCCGUGCUCGCAGCCGGAGGGGUAUUGCUGGGUCCCUAAUGGCCCCCGCCCGUCUCCAAGGACGCGACAGAGAAGGACACAGUGGUCUCCUUGCUCCACGCCCACCGGGCCCGUGGCCUUGGGGCAUCAUGAGGAGAAGUAUUUCUCAGGCUUGGAGCCCCAGGCGGUGCUGGAGCAGUUCCAGGAGGAACUGGGCCCAGCGUGGAGCCCAAGGCGGGACUUGAACUCAUGACCCUGAGAUCAAGACCUGAGCUGAGAUCAAGAGUCCCAUGCUUUUUU